AUUGGGAGUGACAUCACCUGCAACAACAAAAAACUUCUUAGAUGAAUGAUGUCUGCUAAAGACAUUGUUAAAGUAAUGGUUGUCAUGUUUGCAAUUUGUUUUCUUGCAAAAUCGGAUGGGAAACCUGUUAAGAAGAGAUCUGUAAGUGAAAUACAACUUAUGCAUAACCUGGGCAACCAUUUGAACUCUAUGGAAAGGGUGGAAUGGCUGCGGAGGAAGCUGCAGGAUGUACACAAUUUUAUUGCCCUUGGAGCUUCUCUAAUUAACAGAGGUGGUGGUUCCCAAAGUUUCCGAAAGAAGGAAGACAAUGUUCUGAUUGAGAGCUACCCAAAAAGCCUUGGAGAAGCAGACAAAGCUGAUGUGGAUGUAUUAAUUAAAGCUAAAUCACAGUGA